AUGAGUCCCGACCACCAACAGACCGGCUUGGGCACCAUGCGUCGCCAUUUAUCUUCGUUAUCAUCGAUCUUCCGCUCCCAGACAAGCAAGAGAGCCAGCAGCAUGAUCGUUGCAGUCCAAGAACAGCCAACGUGCCAUGAAAGAAUCCAUUACCCCGUGUUUAAUCCCCUAGAUCCUCGUCACAACCCAGAGAUACAGACCUUGUCGUGGGGGCUCCAGGAACAACGCAGUUUGUCUUCGGAGUCACGUAGUCCAAUGGCGUGGGUCCAAUCUCUCUCCAGACGAUCUCUCCAUAGAGCACGGUCAGGUCUGUAUGCUCUGAGGUUGGGUUUCAUUCACCGUUCAAGUGAAGAAGAAAAUCCAGAGAAAGGGUAUGUUAGUCCUGCUGCUCUCAGGCGCGAAAGACAACAGCAUCGUGGGGUUUCAUCCGGGGCCUACACUUCGGAUACACAAGAGGACCUGGCCUUUGGCGCCGAAUUAUCUCGCAUGAAUCCUACACCUUCUUCCUCAUCCGCCAAUGCUAAUGUGCGAUCUCUUAUUCGUGUCUCGCCUAUUCCUUCGGUUCACGAUUCCCCUGCAACUCUUCCUACAACUCUUCUCGCAUCUGAAUCAGCAUGCAAACUCCCUGAAAUCUCCGGUCGAGCUGUAAGUAAUUCAGGGGUAAACUCGACCUCGGCCAAUCACCAUGGUCUUGACUUCCAAUUUGAGGGAGCUAGAGACCUUGGGGCGAGUAUGAAUUCUGAGAAUCACUUUACUCAUGCGACAUUAUCGACAGAAAACCAUUUGAUAGACCAUACAUGGGGUGUUGCAAUCUCUACCGAGGAAGAUAUUAAAAUAUCUUCCGACAGGCUAUCAGAUGCUCAGACAUCUUGUGGAGAACAUCAAACAGGCAACCUUCAGCGGCAAAAUAUCAGUCAUGUAAGUUCGGAUACACAAACCAGUGAUAAUCCGCCAAGCUCGAUCCCCAUCUCGAGACAGUGCUCCGCCGAAGUUCGAUUUGCAUUUCCAGGAAUAUAUCGAGAGACGCUGGACCAGUGGGCGAGGCACCAUGGUAAUCCCAACCAUAGUCAAGACAGCUCCGACCCUGAACGAUACAGCCCCAAUCUCAGCCAGCACAGUCUCGGCCUCAGCCAACAGAAUUCUAGCCCAAGCCAACAUGGUUCCAGCCCCAGUCACCAGAGCCUCGUGCUGUACGAACAAGAAGGAACGCUGUGCGCUUCUCAAGGGCCACUUGAAUGCAUUAUGCACCAGGAUGAUACAUACAGCAACAUGCCGCCUCCAUAUGAUGAAUACGAUGAAGGUCGCAUACUUCUGGUGCCCCCGCAAACCCCAACCACCCAUUCCGAAGAGACACAGUCUUUCUGUUAUCCAAAUCCUCUCAGUUGCAUCUCAAACCGGAACUUCGGUCGAAGAUGGUCGUCUAUCUCCGAAAGAGCAACCACACAAUGGUCAAGUGUUGAAGAUUAUUCGAGCCGCUACACACCGGACAAUACCACAUCGCGAGAUAUCACAUCGACGGAAAUGACUUCAAUGGAAUCCAUGUCGAACGAUACAUGGUCGCCGAUCGACUCUGAGGUCCUGUUCCCAAGCCCGGUGGAGGAUGGAAAUGGGUACUCCCUUUUUGAUGGCAAAACAAACAGCCAGUAUCCCGAUAGAGGGAAUGAGUCAGUCAAAUCAGCGCAGCAUGCUACCAGCAACUGUGGUAAUACCAGAGGAUCUCAAAACCUAACUGAGGUGAUAUCUCCAGGGAUCCUGUCCCUACGGCUCAUGCCCAAUGGCAUUCCCGAUGUAGAAUUGGAAUUUGUGGAAGAAGAUACAGACGACGAGUUCUAUCCUGGAAUUGUGCAGCCAAGACAGGCUUGGUGA